GAUAUGUUUCCAAAUUUAUUGAAUGUGUUGCAAGAGUGUCACGGUGAUUUAGUGCAAACUGGUUCGCCAAUGAUUUUGUGCACAAAAUUGCCAACACAUUGGCGCAGCAACAAAAGUCUACCAGGUCCAUUCAAAGUGAUUGUAUUGGAUUACGAAGUUCCCGACAAUACGGAAGUGAUCAUUUCGGCUGGUAAUGAAGGAAAUUGCGAUCCCGAAUUGAAAAAGAAUUUGGCCCUACUGAAAAACGGUGUUGCCCAAUUCGAUGAUUUACGAUUUGUGGGACGAAGCGGUCGUGGAAAAUCAUUCACAGUCACAAUCACAAUUCGACCAUCGGUCAACCAACAAACAAUGGCCUCAAUUCCAGAACAAAUCGCCACAUACGGAAAAGCAAUCAAAGUCACCGUGGACGGACCACGUGAACCAAGAAGUAAGCAGAGUUUUGGAUAUGGUCAUCCAAAUGGAUUACAUCCAUUCAUUUUGAGCCCAGGCUGGCUUGAUGCUGCCUACAUGAGCUACGCAUUCCCAGAAUACUUCCGUCAACAGCCACACAAUCCGCAAUUCGCCCAAGUGUCGCCACGAUUGCCAGGUGCAUUGCCAUCAACACUCGGCAGUGAAUUUAAUUUAAUGCAAACGAUGGCCCCAACACAACCAACAGCUACCAUAAUCCCUCAACAAUCCGCAACAGUAGCACGAUCAGACGCCUACCUACCAUCGCCAUUCCAUCCGUUCGCGCAUCCAGAUCUCGUGUGCAAAAAUCCAUUCUUGCCAUACGAUUUGGCCAGUUUACGUGGUGUUUCAAUGAACGGACGUCCAAUCCACCCAAUGCAACACACUACAAGCCUGCCAUCCGAAUCCACCAUCAUUCGUACGCCUGAGCACUUGAGCACAUCACGUUUAUCGCCCACAUCAUCGCGGCCGUCUUCAUCGAGCCCACCAUCGUCAGCACACAGCGACCCAAUUAAAAUGAACAUAUCCAUCGAAAAGGAAUCCGAGGAAUCGGACGACGAACAAAUCGAUGUUGUUAAAUCCGCAUUUGUGCCAAUCCUACGACCAAAUCCAUCCGUUCAAUCGAUUGUUACCGAUUCAACAACCAUCACCGAUCAAACUGACACCACCAGCCCACGAAUCCGUUGCGAUUUGAAAGCUCCAUCAUCCCGUAAACCUACACAUGAAACCGCACCAACUGGCCCACGAUCACCUGAAACCAAAAUUAAAUCACCGAUUAGCGCACAAAAAACCGUUUGGAGACCGUACUAA